CCAUCCCGUCCACGGCUUUUAUGUAUUAUAUGUUCCGGAAUUCUACACCGAAUCCCCACCCCCUUCUGGCCUCUUCCUCUGAGCCUCGGAAGCCCACCGUCUAAGCUGCGGUUGCAUCUUCCUGCGCCACGUCGCUCUCCUGAGCAGGCUCCAGUGAGACUGUAAGUCUACCAUGCUGCUAUUCCUUGCUUUUGCCUUUCUCAAUACACUGUUCUCCGUUCAAUCAGAGUCAAGCCAAGACUCUAAGGCCGUGGCUGCAGAUAACACCUGGAAUGUCGGCCUCAGGCUGUACCACUCCAUUAGGAAGAACAGCUCAUCCUCUGACCAGCAGAACGUCUUGUUCAGUCCUUUACUUGUAACUUUAUCUCUCAGCUCUCUGUCCACCGGGGCCAAAGGCACCACACAGCAACAAAUCCACAAGCUGCUUAGAACAAGUGAGAUGAAAGUGGACAAGGGCCAUGAGGUAAUGGCGGAGCUCCGGAGAUCAUUUCAUAGGUUGCAGAACAGCAGCUACUUUCUUCACAGUGGUAAUGCCCUCUUCAUUGCCAGCAGUGCAGCACACAGCUUUCUGCAAGGCAGUGGCCUGCAAGUUCACCACAGCAUGGACUUCACAGACAAAGGACAGGUGCUGCAAACCAUCAACAAGUGGGCCGAGAAGAGCACAGACAUGAAGGUGUCUGGUAUGGCUGGAGAUGUGACUGGAGGUGGAGCUGUGCUGGCAGAUGCAAUGCACUUCAAAGGUCUUUGGGACAGGGAGUUUGAGAGAGAUGGAUUAGACACCAGGACGUUUCUGGGCAGCCGCUACACUAAAGUGCGCAUGAUGCACCGGGCAGGCAUCUACAGGCACUUUGAAGACAUAGAAAAGAUGGUGCAAGUCUUAGAGAUGCCACUGGUGGACAACGGGGCCUCUAUCAUUUUCCUCAUGCCGUUACACGUCCAACCACUGAGCCGUCUUGAAUCCAUGCUGACCCAGAAUCAGAUCAACACAUGGUUGGGGAAGCUGAAAGAACAGACAGUGUCCAUCUCAUUACCCAUGGUGACUCUGAGGAGCACCUUUGAUAUGCAGAAAUAUCUGAAAGAUCUGGGGCUAACAGAUUCAGUGGAUGAGGAGAAAGCCGAUUUCUCUGGAAUCACCAGUGACGAGCAUCUGCACCUCGCCAAUUAUUUGCACGCUGCCACGCUAGAGCUGGACACACAAGGUGGAACCUCAGACAUUGAAGAAGAACUUCAAAAACCAAAGCUGUUCUAUGCAGACCACAGUUUCAUCUUUCUGGUCAGAGACAAUGAGACAAACUCGCUGCUGCUGAUCGGAGCUGCGGACAGUGCCGAUGGGGAUGCCUUACAUGACGAACUAUGAGCCAAUAUGUUGGCCUGUCACAACUGAAUGUUUUCUGUGCAUUAAAGAACCUGAAAGCUGUUUUUUCUUUUCUACCAUAAUUCCAGCAUUAAACUUCUGGUGAAUUUGUUAAAUUAUGUACAGAAAAUUCAAUUUAAAUAAAGUAAAAAUAUAAAGUUGCUAA